AGACGCAGCAUCCGGGAGUUUGGCAGUUUUCACAGCUAUCAGUGGCGUGGCUAUUUUUGUGUUGAUACGCUGGUACAGAAAUAAGACUCGUGGACACGAAAUGGACCUACCACCAGAACAGCAAUCUGUUGAAGUAGAGGUAACUUGUAAAUUUUUCUUUUUGACUUCGUUUACUCUCCUAUUUGAACAAAUUUACAAGAGAUCUGUCUGUCAAAAUCAUAGGACACCAUUAAAUUCCUAGUUAGCAGUACGCGCCCUCGAUGAACGCAAGAUUUCAGGCUGUUCAAAAUAAAGUGAAUGGCUGCAAACGGCGAUCGAUAGUUCUUCCGAUUGUCUCCAAUUUUUUCGUAACUUUCCGGCUCUAUUAAAAAGAUAGUUUCAGUUUCAGAUAUUUUUUAAAGUACAUUAUCAAAAAGACUUGUAUGGUUGUUUCCGUGUGAGAUAUCCAAGAGCUAUGCCGAGGACAGGCGAGGCGUUGCGAAACUGAAAAGAAGAACAUAAUCUUAAAAGAUUACGAAUAAAAAUUGUGGUUUGACCAUUCUUCCAGUUUCCAUUUGACGAUAAUGGACCGUUAAGGGCUUUAAUCCCACAAAUUGUAAGUCUGUUUUUAAACCUGUCAGGAGUGUCACAAAGAUUCAUUGUAUUGGUAAAACGAGUAUGUUUCCCACCUAAAUGUGUUUUACCUAGAGCCUGGUAAUAUCCAUUGUGCAGUUAAACUUUGAACGAACAUUCAGACCCGCGGAACCUUUGAUGUGCUGAGUCUGAUGUAGAAUUAAGUAAAAUGAAUUUAGCCAUUUCCAAACUGAAGAACGGAAUUUAUUCGGGCUUUUCAAUUUAUCGUAAUUGGCACAAAAAGAAAGGUCGUAAGCUGAAUCCAGUUAAGAAAUAUGUUCAGCAUGUUUCUUUACUCAACUACACAGCUCCAAAUACGUUCACUACCUAAAUCUAUCUACCGGAUUCAUUUUGGGGACUGCUGAUCCUUACAGCAGGCAAGAAAGUUGUCUUUCAUGAACCUAGAAAUAGCCCGCUGUCACCAAACAGUUCUCUGCAGCUCAGAUAAAAGCAUUGUACUACGGAAGGCCUGAGGCCCGAAGCUUCGCGUAAAAAACAAUCUUUCUUUUAUUUGUGUGUAUUCUACACUUGUGCCAAAUAUUUCUCUAAUCGACAACCGAGCUAAAUUGCUUAACUUGAUUCUAGUUCAUUUGUACAAACUAAAUCCUGCAACACUUUCAACAACUCUUGCAUCUAAAAGAAGGUAAACUGGCGUUUUCUCAAACGCACCAUUAAUUAGCAAAAGUCGACUUUCUCUUAGUGUUGUAAACAACAUGCAUCCCUCAGCUGCUAACCUACGAUGUUUAAACCGGAAUUUAUUGCAGGCUUUGAAAGGCAAGCAUGUUUAACGUUACCAGGCCCAAACAAGACAAAAAAAUAAACCCGCUGUUUAAGAGUUUUUUUUAGGGCUAUGGAGACAAGAUGGGGUGUCUAAGGAACUACUCUACUUACAUUAACUAUAAGAACUUUUACAUUUUUCGUGUAUAUCACGGAGAGAAAGGGGAUGUUAUUUGACAAGUUGCACCACUCAGAUUGCCUUUAUGCACUGUAUAGUCCGAUAGACAAGACUUAUAGAAAGUGAAAUUUUAGACUAACCAAGGAGCUUUUUCACAGGGUACUGACGGAGCUCGGCGGACCACGCUGUCAUCUGAAAUAAUUGCAAGGCAAUAUCCGGAUGUUACCACUGUGUAUGAAAGCUUUCUCCGCGGAGUAAAACUGUCAGGUUAGUGAGAUUCACAGAUUUUAGCCCUUAAACCCUCUCGCUCCAUAUACAUGUAUGUCCACUCAAAUGAUCAGUCUUGGAAAUGAAAAUGUAGAUGCCAUGGAUUCAAACGGCCUACUGCAUGGUGAAAGAGAGAGGAAGACGAUAAGCGACCAGUUCGUGGGCUGAAAAAUUAAAUACUUAUUGCUGCGGAGUGAUAAAAAAAAGAGAUGCACUAUUGAUAUUGUGUUCAAAAAAACGUCUGCGGAGUUUUAAACUUGUCCGGUGGUUUGUAAUAUUGAACUCCCAUGAUCCAAUUUUUAAGGCUUUCAAAGUGUAAAGGCAAUUAGAAGUUGUUAGUUCUUCUGGUCGUUCUUACUUUCGACCUAUUAACAGCAUUCAUAUUAAACUAUCAGUUUAAAUAUAAUUUUUGACAGCAGAAGCUUAGCUUGGUUCAGUCCAACACAUCUAUUUUAUUUUUCGUUUUUCUAACAGGGGACAGUCCUUGCCUAGGAACAAGGGAUCCAAUCAGUAAGAAGUACACGUGGCUGACAUAUAACCAGGUAAAUGUCGGCAGCAAAAUAAUAAAGUAAACACUGGGAAUAAAUUUCGAGCAUUGCUACCUCACUGCAAUAGACAGGGCCGCCAUUGGUGGGGAGAAUAUAAAUGCCGAAAUGAAAAUGUCGCCCCCCUUAAAUAAAGGCAUUUGAUAGCUUGAUAGUUCACCAUUCCCUCAUAUCUUCAGUUAUAGUCCGUCACCUGAAAAUGUGAUGCCGUAAUAAAGUACCAAGGUAUUUUUCUUAUAUACGGCACGGGGUUGCCAAAAAGAAGACCCUUCAAACUAACUUUUCGUCUAAAAGUUCCAUUUUAUUUGCCCGAUAUUGUAAACAUUAUUUCUCCCCCAGGUUCAUGAGAGGGCAACGUUCGUUGGCGCGGGCCUGGUCGCUUUAGGUUGCGAGCCCUCACAACAGACCUUCAUUGGGAUCUAUGGACCAAACCGAGUGGAGGUGAGCUGUGAAAUUUGUGAGGUGUGAAAUGUGAAAUAUGAAACUGCAGUUAUCUAUGGGAACCAUCUUCUUUUAGCAAAGUUUGAAUAAUGAAAUUAACUGAGGGAAGGGAUAGGUUAGGAAACGGACGUAACGAAGCCGCGAACUGUUAACGUCUUUCACAGUUUUAACAAUUUAACUGCCUUGAGUGACUAGGACAGAAUAUUUCUACCUACAACAGCAGCACAAUAUCAAGCAGAUCACUGAUGGAUAGCUAAUUGAUCCCAUAUGAAAUUCUCUAAACUAACAACAUAAGAGUUGUACGGAUGACAGUAAGGAGAAUAGCAAAUGAAAUCAUGGGAGACUGAAAGCAGUAGAAAAUCCCACGUAUCCCUCUGGGGACAGACGCUGAUGAUUUUUUAAUUUUCUUUCUUUUUCUUGUAGUGGGCUUUAACUGAUCUGGGAUGUCAGAUGUUCUCAAUGAUUUCCGUGCCAGUGUACGAUACUCACGGCGCUGAAGAAUGCAUCUACAUCAUAAACCAUGGUGAGAAAUUGAUAUCAUAUGCAAUAUAAUCUCCAUCUUUAAGCCACUCUAAUACAGGGCGUGGCUAACACACAUGGGAAAGGGAAGUGAAGGAUGUUAACUAUGGCAAGAAGUAUGAUCUAUGGAAAUUUCUAGGCUAAUGCAGCGCUUAUAAAUAGGAUGGCAGUAUCGGGACGGUGAUUGUAAAUACAUUAUUCAAUUGAUUGAUUAAUUAUUCAAACUCGUAACCUCGCGAUGGAUUGGCAUUUCGCCCAAGGAGUAACAAUAAACUUAGACACCGCAUGUAAUGUCUAAGUAGAUUGUAAUGCAUCUUCACAGCUGGGGCAUCUUGUAGAGGGAACUCCAUCUUUUAGGGUCAUUUUUGAUUCGUAUAUACAAUUUUACAGAAGUUCUGCAGCCACACUUUUUAGGAGAAAUGAUUAAGUAAAUAACAGAACUGAAAACGUAAUAGAUUAUUUAGAAAGUCAUAAAUAAGCUGCUAUUUAUGCUUUAAACUUACGUGUUGUUACUCGAGGCUUUUUUUUCCAUUUUACUCUUCAGCCAACCUUUCUACUAUUGUUUGUAACGAAGACAAGGUGCCAUUGCUUCUUGAAAAGGCCCAGUUGUGCAAGGAGCUGAAAAAUUUGAUAAAAAUAGGAUCCUCUGUCACUCAAGAAGAAGAUAAAAAAGCAAAAGAUAUGGGUCUCAACCUCAUCUCCAUGACAAAUCUAGAAGUAAGUGGUGGUAUUUAUCCUGAGCCGUAGAGUAUAACAGAAAAACAGAUAGGGAUAUUAUUACUCUCAUCUGUUUAUGAUAGGACGGUUUUUAGUAAAGUGUCGUAUAACUAAAACCAAACUAACCGUAAUGACCAAAGAGGAAAAAGGAAAAUAUCUUACAGAACUACCAAGAGCUCAAAAAUUAAAACAAUAAACUUCUUGAGGCGCGUUAAACCGCGAGCGACCAAGAAGUGGUUGCUUUUUAGUUUUGAGCUCUUAUGAUUGAGAGAAUGGCGCGACUUUUUUUGCCAUUUAAGGAGUAAAGUAAUGCAAAUUCAAUGCAAUCCAGGAUUAAUCUCGAUGCUCAUUUUAAAAUUGCUUUUCCAUUUUUUGUUAUAACCUCUCUGAAAAGUGGAAAGACAAAAUUAAAUAUUCCUUACAAAGACACCUCAUUGCCUAGUAUCGUACUAUCUGUUGAAUGAAUAAAGCUUUAUUCAAAAUCAGUUAGUGCUACACUGAGUUGAAAUAUAUGUUUAACCUGAGCUAAGGCCGCGAAAGGAAUUUUUACGCUGGUCAGUAAAAAAUGGUAGGAGUGUCUAGCGUCCAAUUUCGCUUCUCAUGAUCACCGCUGAAACAAACACUAGGUUCAUGAAUUGAGAAUGAGGAAAGUGAUCGAACUUCUUGAUUAUUAAACAAAUUCUCCUUGCCAGUGCCAUAGAAAAUUUAUAGAGAACGUUAUGAAGAAUAUGUAUUCUGAUGUUAGCGUGCAAAAGACUAAUCCUCACCCCUCCUUCCCUCUCAUGAAACACAAGAAAAUCGAGAAGAAAAAGACUGAUGUGGCGAUCUCAUUCCUUCAACGUUUUUCAUCAAACCUGCCUUAUAUUUCUUCAUUUUUGUGGUCACGGAUCCAGUACCUAAAUGUGUUCUUGUCUGAUUUUGCCGUUUUUGUUUCCUAAUCGUAGGACAUUGGAAAAGAGAGCUAUCAGGAAAGAAAGGUAACAGGAAUGAAAUGAUUCGCUGAUCUUGUAUUGUUCCUCCGAAGACAUGAAUUCCUUAUUUCAAUGGUCAACUUUGCAAUCAGGAUGCCAAAGACUGUGACAAAUAGAUCCGGAAACUGCUACCCACUCCGCUUUUUUUAUGUAAAGCCAGUUUCCUAUAUUUAAAACAAAUCACUUUCACUCCUAAUUAGCUCGUAUGCUAUCAGCAAUUAAUAUAAAUCUACUUGUGCCUUAUCACAAAUGCUGCUAUCUGAUUGGCUACGCUAUAAUUCCAUAAUAGACAGUGAGAAGAGAACGUCUACUGAUACAGUGCGUUUCUAAACAAAGCUGAAAAUAUUCACAUAAGCCUGUCUUGUAGGGGAAUUUUUAAAGGACUUGUAGAUCUAUACUAAAAUAACAAGAGUAUGCACUCAUCAUUUUAUUGGGAGAUAGAAAUCUCGAGCUCUGAAUCUAGUUAUUGAUUCGUGAUCAGUGGUAAGAGGUCGUUUACUUUGUUAACAGGGAAUAUCUCGUUUCAUGAAUGAUUCUUAAACAAAAAUAUUUUUCUUAAUAUUGUGCCUUCUAUUUCAAUCGUGAAAGUGAUAAUUAAUUGGGUCUUCGUCCCUUUCCACUAAUCCUCUACAACUCUAAAUAGGCUUGCCGAUCCGCAAAUCACUGCAAACUAAAACGACCGCUGUUUUUUUAAUACUUCAGCCUGCUAAGCCCGAAGACAUUUUGACAGUAUGUUACACAAGUGGAACAACAGGUAAAAUCUGUUGGAUCAUGGCAACCCACUAAUUUCCUCUUUUAAAAAUGAACCCUACUAUGCAUCUGUCAUGAAAUACUUUAAUCCUCAUAUUUUUCCUUUCCCAUCAAAUAUUAUCCUUUAAAACUUUCGCACCAACUUUUUCGGGACCACUUACAUUUACUUUUGUUGUUAGCGGCUUCAGUGUGCUGCACACGUUACAAACCAAAAAUGCAUCACAUUUGAUUAGUGUUCCGUUAUAUGCUUAACUUAUUUCAUGGUGAUAGGUCCACCAAAGGGAGCCAUCCUGACACAUGCCAAUCUUGUCGCUGACAUCUCAGCAUAUCGUUGGACGAUGCACCAGGUAUGUAGAUACGUAUGAUGCUUCAGGUAUGUACGUAUGUAUAAUGUACCAAGUAUGUACGCUCGUAUGAUGCUUCAGGUAUUACGCACGUAUGAUGCUUCAGGUAUGUACAUAGGUAUGAUGCUUCACGUAUGAAACUAGUUAUGUGCCGUCCUUUUACAUCUGAGCACUGGGUCCUACAAGCUUUCCUUAAAUUACUUAUUGUAAUCUCUCGACUCCCCAUCAAUGAUGUUCUCUGCAUAUUCAAUUUAAAAGCUUCGUUAGAACAUGGGUAACAAUUCGACAUACUGUGUUUUUCCGCCUACUUAGCCCCAAAGCUGUUCCCAUAAUUAUUUUUACCCAGACCUCCCGAAGGAAGUCGCGUAACUUGCGACGACUCGAAAGACUGAUAACCAGAGUACUUCAAAGUAGAUCACUCUAUAAAAAAGGGUAUAAGAAUUAUUAGCUCAUCUUGCUUGUUUGAUAAUUAUUGCAGGCCGGUUUUGAGCUGACAACGGAGGAUGUGCAUCUGUCAUUUUUACCGCUGGCUCACAUGUACGAACGGAUAAAUCACGUGAGUUUCACGCGAAAAAGAAAAUUCGGCAGUCAUUAGAUGGAUCUCAUACAACUUACGAUUACAUUUUACCAAUUUUUUUCUUGUUUUUUUUUAUUUUAAUUGUCAAUCCGAAGACGUGAUUAAUAAGUUUGCCCCAAACGGAAGCUCUAACUUAUCAAAACAUAUAACUUAGAGGAUAUGAUUUUGUAUUUAUUUCUGAAAUAAAGCAGUUAUCUUUUAUCUUUUUCCUAAGCUUGCAAAAUUAAAGCUGGAUAGAUAAUAUUGGUUGCUUCUUCCACGUAAUUUAACGGUACUCUUACAACUGAUGAAACCAAAUCAUUUCGCCGACUUUUAAAGCCUAAAUGUAAAACAAUGUUUUCAGCUGAACUUGUUUGUAAGCGGAGGAAGGAUUGGGUACUACAGUGGUGACGUCAAACAGUUGCUAGAAGACUGCAAAGAGCUGAAGUAAGUUAAUCAUUUUAUCAUCAUUUUGUGUGAAUGUGCUUUUAUUCUGCAUUAUAUUAAUAAGAAUACUAUAGUUUGCAGUUUCUUAAAACCACUUUCCACUUACUUUAGUCUACUCUUAACUGAAUCGAGUUGAAGAUCGUUCAUCACUGUAGUAUUAUGACAUACCGGCUCCCUAAACUACACUUACUUCCCAUUUCUCAAUUCUUCACAGGCCAACUAUAUUCACACCCGUGCCUCGCUUACUAAACAGAAUCUACGACAAGGUAGGAAAGCGUUGAGUGAAGUUGAUCAUUUACAAUCGAGUAAGAUAGAUUUUUUUUUUCUUGGCCAAGAAAGAUAGGCAAUGAGAUAUUCUGGGUGCAUAACUUAAACCUUUAUCCUUAAGACGAUGGGGUAUUAAUUUCUCUUUACAGUAUCAGCCUUAAAUAAAAAGUUUGGGUUUUCGGAAGAAAGGAAAUGAUCACCAAUUUUAGAAGUUCCUGAUUGUCACACAGAUUUUCAAUAUAAGUACCACAGGAGUUGUAAAGAAGAAAGUGUGGAGAAUCUGAAUGCUAACGGGGUGAAAAGGGUUGAUGUUUCUUAUUUGCACUCUGAAACAAACAUUUUCUCUAAGAAUUUUGAGUUGAGAUAAUGUUCAACCAAACGAUUUUUGUCGGCAUCUAAUUCCUUAUAUUGAGAUUUUGACUUUCAAUUGGCCUCACUUUUUGCCUAAAUAGUCAUUAGUGAAGAAAAAAAAAGGCAAAAAUGCUAUCAAAACCAGAUUUCUGUCAUUUGCGUCGUGAAUGUCAUGCAUAUAAGGGAAAAGAAGUUUUUCUCUUAAUCGAUAGAUCAUGUCUGAGGUAUCCAAGAGUAAACUGAAGAAGUGGAUUUUUCAGAUGGCACUUAAGUCUAAGGAAAAUGAUCUGAAAAGGUGAGUAACGCCGAAAAAACAGAUUAACUUCAGAGCUGUGAAACAAUUUUCCAUAAGUCUGAUGGUUCCAUUAAUCAUGGUAGUAACGAGAAAUUAUUUUGAAGCGAUCACUGGAAAUGAAAAAAAUCCUCGUUUUCUCAUCCGGAAGUUCUACUCGAUCUAUUUUUCUCCUAUUUGCAAAAUAGGGGAGUUACUCUAAAUGACUUAAAUUUAUGAAUUGCUUGGCUGAAUGCAAAACCAUAAACAUCAACUUAUGACACUUUAAUUUUCCUUCAAAGGCAAAUCAUCAGCAAGAACACGAUAUGGGAUCAUCUGGUUCUGCGUAAAAUACAGGUAAUAUACAUUAAUACAUAUAUCAACCAGUAAAUAUUCUCCUUGGAGCCCGGUUCGAUGAAGUUGUCAUAUAGUUGAAGCUGAUUUAAUCACAACAAGGAAGAAUAUUGCUACAAACAUUUUGUGAUUAUAAAGGACUCAACAUAAAAAAGAAAACACAAAAAAGCAAAAGAUCAGAAAUGCAGAAAAACUUACGCGUGCAUUGGCGUCAGUUCUGAUGCUGAUUGUUUGAUCGGGCGACGCGGUUUUUUUAACCAAUCACAGAACGUAGUAGAAUGAAUGCCUCAAGCAAGGGUAAGGGCAGCGACCAAGCAUUUUCAGCCCAAAAAUUUAUACCCUAGUCUAUUGCAAAGAUAAUCGCUUGAAAUUUCCAUAUAAUUAGCCUUUAAAUAUUAUCAAGAGAAAUAUUUCUGUCUCAAGUCUUGACAAAAACGACCUAGAUUUUAUCGGAAGACAAUAUUUUCAUUUCAAUUUUUUCCCCGCUCUCACUUACACUUUUUUCACUUCUCUCACUUAAAACGUUAUCCCCUGCCUAGUUUCUAAGGCAUUCUGCGUGGUAUUGUAAAGUAUUUAUGCGAAUUCAUUCUUUAGUAAAAAACUUUCAUGAUAUGUUCCUUCUUCGUGACAGAGUUUACUUGGUGGUCACGUGCGAUACAUGCCUUGUGGUUCCGCACCUCUGUCAGCUAAGGUGACGACAUUCAUCAGAUGCAUCAUGGGAUGUCACGUGAGUUGGUUAUUUGUAUCCAAACAUCUCACAUCUUUCAGGGCGAAAAGCUACUCAAAUGCUGUAUUUAUUUUCUCUAUUUUAUGGGAAGGGUAGGAUACAAUGGUCAUCGUAGGCGAACAAGAUAUGCCUAACUUGUCUGUCUGGUAGUAAAACAGAACUACCUCUCGAUAUUGUUAAUUUUAUCGUACAUUGUUGGCCGUUUGUUUCCUCAGCUGACCGAGGGUUACGGUCAGACCGAAUGCACAGCUGCUGCCACCUUCCAGCUGUUCAAUGAUGUCACAACAGGUAUGUCAAGCUCUUUGUGUGUUUCUUGGUAAAAAGGGAAGUCAUUGGCAGACUCAGAGGCUGAUGAGCUGCGCUAGUGACACGCAGACUGACUAACUGACUUGCCAACCGACGGGCUAACUGGCUGACUGGCUGGCCGGCUAAUUGACCUAGUGGGUGAGUGACUGAAUGACUGACUGAAUGACUGAGAGACUUGCUGACUGAAUGUCUGACUGACUGAUUGGCCGUCUGGAUGAAUAACUAAAUAGCUGAUCAACUGACUGACUGACUGAAGAAUAGAUUGAAUGACCAACUGAUAGGUUGACUGACUGACUGACUGACUGACUGACCGACUGACUGAGUCACUGAUUGACCGAAUGACUUACUGACAGACUGACUGACUGACAGACAGACUGAAUGACUGACUGACUGACUCAAUGACUAACAGACUGACUGACGGACUGACUGACUGACUGACUGGCUGACCGACUCAAUGACUGACUUACAGAAUAACUAACAGACAAGCGGCUUGACUAACUUUUAGUGAGUCACUGAAUGUACUGGUUCGACUGAGCCGCUGGCGCAAUACUUUUUCAAGUUGUUUGAUUUACUUAGUGACUAGCCUCUAAAUAGUGAUAAAUUAAUCGGUUGAUGGAACGUUUACCUUACUGACUGAUAGGCAAGGUGACUGACUUAUUGAAAGUUUGACUGAUUGGUGGUGGAGUAGAUCAACUAAUUGACCAAUGACCACCCGACUCAUCAAUAGUUAUAUACUUAUUUGUACUUGUCUUCUUUCUGCAGCCGGACAUGUUGGCCCUCCAGUUCCUUGUAACAUUAUUAAGCUUGUCGACGUGGAAGAGAAAGAAUACUACGCUAAAAAUGGUCAGGGAGAGGUAUGAUGGACUGACAUAUAGCAAUACGUGGCUUUUUAAGAUCACCUCAUUUAAGAGAAACAAAUUGUUUGUUGCAACAAAAUCAAUUUGUAUUAACCUCAACUAAACUGCAAUAUCAUCAUUUAUAUUUGCUCUUCUAGAUUUGUCUGAAAGGUCCCAACGUCUUCAAAGGCUACCUUCACGACCCUAAGAAAACUGCCGAAACUAUUGACGAGGAUGACUGGCUCCAUACUGGUGACAUUGGUGAAUGGCUUCCGGUAGGUGAUAAUUUCUGGUCUCGGUUCGAUCCCCACUGGAGUUUUUGAAAUUCGCAUGCGUGAAACCUCCUGUGGCUACCAUAUCCCAUUGGGCAAGUCCAAAGUUCGAGGGGGGGGGGUGGAAAACAAGAGGAAUGUUUUAAGCACCUGUUGUGCGCAGUAAAUGACUUUUUGGUUGGAUGUUAAAUGUGCAUUUGAAUGCGACAGUAUUAAGUCAUUUAAGAAUUUUGGUUUGCUUCCUGCGGUACAAAACGCUCGUGAUGAAGCGCCGUUGUGAGGGCCUCCUAAGAAGGAGACUACUGUACGCGUGACGCCAAUGAAGUUCUUUUCUGCUUAAAAUUGUUCAGACAACAGUGACAACAAACCCCAAAUAGCUGUGUCUGAGUUUUAUUUAAAAUAAACUUAAAGAGUUAUUUUUGUUUUCUAUCAAACCGUGUAUAUGUUGGAAACUACGAAAGUUAAUGCUCUUUUAUCAUUUACAAAAUCGAAAAAGAAAAAAUAUUCAGUUGUUCCUGAAUAUCUUCCAUGCAAAAGGAACUCUUUUUCAAGGCCAAUUUGGGAAGCGAUUCAUCAAAAUCUUAUGGCUCCGAGCGCCAGAUAAAAUCGUCUUCUUUUGUGACAAAAUGACAAAUGACAAAAACUGACUUUGAUGUCUUCAAAUGAAAAAGUUAAGUGUGCUGAUGAUAUCGGUUUAUUAUAAAAAAUUGCUCAUUCUCAUCUUACUUACCCUUUUUUCGUAAAAUCAAAUGUCACGUUAUCCCCCAUCAGCACAAACGGAGCCCAUUGGGAAGGUUUAGAAUAGCCAUUGCUUCUCAACCAUUGAACGACCUUGUGAAGAGAUUCACUGGCACUUUCUCCACCCACAAGGUGUUUGUAGAAAUGCUUCAUGAGCUUCGCCGUCGCUUCGUCUUCUAUAGCCCACGAUGCUACCAACACUGAACGUGCACCGGAUGCUAAGAAUGCACGAGCGAUUCCAAGGACUCCUUCCUUUUUAACCAAUCCACGCCCACUGUGACAACAGCUGAGUACUACCAGUUUAGCUCGCACUUGAACUCCUAGAAUUUCGGACAUGGUCAGGAAGUAGUCUUCCUCUUGAGGAGUAUCGUUAGAAGCACGUUGAGGAGAGAGAGCAAUCUCUCCUCUUUCGGCAUUUCCAUGUGCGACAAGAUGUAUCAGACUUUCGGAAGGUAUCGCUUGAAGUACUGCCAGCUUUGUUGCGCGACUUCCUAACAAAGGCUGAACGCCCAGCAGUUCACCAACCAUCUCUGCUUCCUUUCUUGCAUAGAACAAUGGUGUAAUGUCAGUGAGACGUCCAUUGUAAAGCACUUUGCUAACCGUAGGAUCACCCGCAACCAGUGCAUCAGUUAGACUGUGAUAGUCCGCUGGACAUUCUUGAAUGAUUCGGAGAGUCGUCACUGAAGGGACGAUACGGACUCUGUACUUCUCCGAUAAAUAUCUUCCGGCAGAUUCAUCACGCAAGGCAGCAAAUGGGACUCGGUACGAAAAACGAUACGGCACAAUGACGAUUUCAGGCUCUGUAAGUAAGUCUUCCACAGGUGCGACGAUCCAUUUGUAGCACAAAUCAUGAAUUCUUUCGGUAUCUUUGGUUUUUUUACCUUGCAAAUAUGCCCGGCUCUCUUUAUGAAGAGAUGUCGUCACGUUGUCAUCCAAAGAUCGAUCUUCGCAGUUCGCUUUGGGUAGAACACCAAAGCCAGCGGCGCUCUUUUUGAAAAUUCCUUCCACAUCGCAAACUUGCUCGUCAAUAACAGUGUCUACUUCCACUUCGUUUGUGUUUCGAAAGCAAGUGUCUCCAUUUUCUUUCAAUACCCAGAGAAGAACUUUCCGCUUUCUGCCGCAAUAUACAGGAAAACACAGUUACUUUCUCUCCUAACGAUGUUUUCAAUCCCGAAUCAUGAUUGUGGAUCAGCUGAGAUGUGGCUUUCCACGGAGUACUUUUCUGCCAUUAAUUCUGCGAGGACUCUUGCUCGUCCCAGUUCCUCAACAUAGAGAGCAUCUCCAAAUUUUCCAAUACUGCGAAGCGAGUCAGUGAGUAAAUUGUAGGGAAAAGUACCGUGUUCCUCUAACAAAGACAUUUUAAAUUCACUGUUUCCUUCAUCAGAAUAGAUCUGAUGUGCUCGCAUUUUGCAAUACAUUGAAGAAGAUAUUCCAUCGCCUUCACAGCCUCUGACUGCGAUAUCUUUAAUAAAGAAAUAUUAAGAAGGCUUUUAAACUCAAGCAUCUUGUCAACGAUUUGGCUGCAUAUGGAAUAGGCUUUCUCUAAACAAUCUUCUGCCUUGCUAAAUUCACCAAGGCUAUGGUAAAUAUUGCCAAGGCUUAAAUAAAUGUUUCCUUCGGCGCUUCUAGGGCCAUAUUCUCUGAUGAUGGUGAGGGCUUUCACAAGAUGUUCUUCUGCUUUCUGAUUGUCAUUCACAGCAGCAAAAGCAACUGCCAAACUUCCUGUAGCUUGGGCUUCUAGUCUUCUGUUACCACUUGCUAUACUGAUGCUGACUGCCUUGUCCAAAUAGUCUUUAGCCUGCCGAUUUUUUCGAAGCUGAAAAUAAACAGUCUCAAGACUCGAGUAUUCUCUUCCUUUUCCCUCGCCGGUUUCUGUCCUAAUGGCAAGUGCUUUCUCGUAAUAUUCUUUAGCCAUUUGAUAUUCGCCUAGGGAUGCAAAGACAAUUCCGAAAUUCCCUAAAAUGUUGCCUUCGUCUCGUCUGUCGCCAAUUUCUUUAGCGAUGGCGAGUGCUUUUUCGCAAUAUUCUUUAGCCUUCUGAUAUUCGCCAAGAAUUUCCAGACCACUCCGAGGUUCCCGUUUGAUUUACCUUCUCCUUUUCUGUCGCCAAUUUCUGUCGCAAUGACAAGCGCUUUCUCGUAACAUUCUUUAGCCUUCUGAUAUUCGCCCAGGGAACGAAACACAGUUCCGAGGUAUUCCACAGCCUUCUGAUUUUCGGCAGUGGAAUGAAACACAGCUCCGAGUUUCGCGUCAAUUGCUCCUUCUAAUUUUCUGUCGCCAAUUUUUUUUGCGAUGGCGAGCGCCUUUUCGCAAUAUUCUUUAGCCUUCUGAUAUUCGCCAAGAGAUUCAUAGACAGUUCCGAGGUUCCCGUUUGUUGUUCCUUCUUUUUUUCUGUCGCCAAUUUCUAUCGCAAUGGCAAGUGUUUUCUCGAAACAUUCUUUAGCCUUCUGAUAUUCGCCCAGGGAAUGAAACACAGUUCCGAGGUCCCCGUUUCUUUUUCCUUCGGCUUGUCUGUCGCCAAUUUCUAUCGCAAUGGCAAGUGCUCUCUCGCAAUAUUCCAUAGCCUUCUGAUUUUCGGCAGCGGAAUGAAACACAGCUCCGAGUUUCGCGUCAAUCUCUCCUUCUAAUUUUCUAUCGCCAAUUUCUUUUGCGAUGGCGAGUGCUUUUUGGCAAUAUUCUUUAGCCUUCUGAUAUUCGCCAAGGGAUUCAUAGACAGUUCCGAGGUUCCUGUUUGUUGUUCUUUUUCUUUUCUGUCGCCAAUUUCUAUAGCAAUGGGAAGUGCUUUCUCGUAACGCUCUUUAGCCUUCUUAUAUUCGCUCAUACGCACACUUCCAAUUCUUUCAUAAGCCACUGCUUCUUCGCGUUUGUUACCAAGUGUUUGCAUGAUGAUGAGUGCGCUAUUGAAGAGUUGCUUUGCUUCAACAAACUUGCACUGUGCUUCAUAAUUGUCUCCCAGUUGAAUGGUUAGUCUUCCAGCGUGGUGCAACGUGUAAAGAAGUGUCUUGGCAUAUCUUUCUGCAUUUGUGUUACCAGAGAUGACGUAGUAUGCAUUGAAUAUUACACCAGGGUCGGGUUGUUCAAAGCUGGGUUAAGAUAACUCAGGGUUAGUGUGAAAUCUGAUUUCAGAUCUGAUAGCUUUAAAAGAAAAUUCAGUCGAAUUCUUUUUGUCUGGAAUAUGAUUAUUUGAUGCUCUAAAAAUAAGAAAGGAAAUUAUCCCAAAAAGGCUUUUGAAUAAAGGAAUAAAGAAACCAGGUUAAAAUUUAACAUUGGAUUAGCGUUAAACGGCCUUCGAACAACUUGGCCCAGAGAUAUCAAGGCGACUACCACAGUCAAGGUUUUGAAGUAGAAUUGCACAUUCAUUACAUAACUCAGUCGCUUGUGGGCCACGAUCAGUGUUGAGAAGAAAUAUGACGACAUUUAAACCUAUCUGGACUGAUUGUAGGAUUUCUGCAGCGUCACUCAUCACGAGUCUUUCCAGUUUGUUGUCGUGAUAAAAAAAAUUAAUGAAAAAUAAAACUUAAAAAAAGUUUAAAAAAUUUAAAAACUGAUUAUUGUGGAGUCCUUGAGCUAUCUUAGGCAAUUGGUUGUUUCUUCCUUUUUACGAAUGUCUGAGGGCAACAAUUCUUUUUCAUUCAUUUAUUCAAACCAUUCCCAUGUGAAUCAGUUGGGUUGAAUUCAAAUAGUCGUGGAGCAGAUUUGGUCAUAGCUAUCAAAAAUGUUUCACCAGAUGAACAGUGGUUAGUUUACGAAUCCUGUUAUGUUUGCAUUAAACGUUUUUUUUCCACCCAUUUCAUGCCAUAAAAAUUAGUUAUUACUGAAUCUGAUCGCAAUUUACUGCUAGAAAAUGACUUCCACUGAGAUUGUUAAAAUUAGCAGAAAAAGUCGGCAAACAUCGAAUUCAACUCAAAUAAUGUACAUUAACAUGGUUUUCUCUGGAACUCCUGCUGAUCAUACGAUGAUAGGGGGAGAUAGGAUCUAAAUGUGCACCUUCCACGCGUCGCGAGCGUCUCGCGCGUUUUUUGGACAGAUCGCUUAGCUGCCUGGCAGCUAAAACAGGAAAGAACUUUAAAUUACGGCUCUAGCUAAGGGAGUAGGUUUUCUUUGACUUUUUAAUUGAAAUAAUGGCAUUUGUCUUUCGUAAAUUUUUGCUUAAAGAAAUAUUUUGAGUUUUCUCGAAGAUAAUCACUUCUGCUAUUUCAAUCAGUAGGGACGAUUGAGAGCGCAAUAUGUUACUUAUUUUGUUGUGAACGUAAAGUGGCGGUACAAUUUUAUUCGGUUUGUAAAAGGACCUUCUUAUUUCCUAUUCAUCUUACACAGGCGCUUUUUCGCCAGCAUGCACACUCUUGUCCCUGGGUUUUUCUUGCUUGAAUUGUUGUGAGUUCUCCAAUUUUUUUUUGGUUUGGUAAAUAUUCAUUUUGAUUAAUUUCUUUCAUAGAAAAUGAAACUAAGAGGCAAUCAAAAUGUAGAAAUAAUAAUUUAAAAAACCAACAGCUCACCUUUGAACACAGACCCUGCCGUUAGAUUCUGAUGGUGUGACUAAUGAAAACAAAAGUAACAAAUAUUGAAAUGAGAUUUUUUUCCCUGACACACAAACGUAAUACAAAUAGCUGGUGUAACAACAUUUUGCUCACACGGUUAGUAAUAAGAAAUCAUCGAAAUGAAAAAAAGAAAACCUGAAAUUAGAGAAAAAUUGUUUUCACAGGUUGCCCAUGAAAUUCAUCAAAUAACAUAUGGCAUCUUUUUAUUUUCCAUUCUCACAGAAGUGAUGAACAUAUAGCUUCUCCUUACAAUAUCCAUAUAUUAUACAGCAAUCAAGUAAUGAGAGUAAACAGACCAAUUAUUCAGAGGGCGUUACCUCCAUCAUUAUUAAGUUGCAAUCCUAAAGAUUAUAGCGCACUAUAUUUCUGAAAUAAAUAUUUAGCCGCUCACCUCUGAAAAAGAAACGAUCUCUGGAUAGGUAGGAGACCAAAAUAAAGAAACUGAUUUCAAAAUUUUUCUGCAAAGUAACGAAGAAUACAAAGAGCUAGUGAAAGAUCGAUUAUGAAAAUUAUCGGUAAAAAGUAAUCACUGUAAAGACUUAAUCGGAUGGAACUUGCAUUACAACUUGCCUCUAACUGAAAAAACAUCGGAGCCUGCAGAUCACUGAUAAGAGUUUGGUGGUUUAAAACUGCCCUUUAUAUGAUUUCUGAAAAACCUUCAAGUUACAGAAGAGAGGAACAUAUUGCUUCUCUUUCCAAAAUCAACAUAUUAUUCAGUGAACAAGCGGCGAGAAUACUUAUCAACUGAGGGUGUUUUUGUAAAGCAACACUAAAUUCUCCCCACUGGCGAACAAGCUAAAGCGAAGGGGCUCAAUGGAAGAAUUGCUAAUAAAAUCAUAAAUUCAAAAGCUUACCGUGACGCAAACCUUAAAUAUUUUACAAUUAAAUCAAAAAUUGAUUUGAAUUUGGUAGGUCUUCACAAAUAUUAUCAGGUUGUUUGGAAAUAGAGUUCUUUUACCUCUGAAAUUCCUUAACUUUAUUUAAAACAUUAAAUAUAUUUUUUUCUUGAAAAAAGCGACCUUUUCAAAGAUAAACACGGGUUGUAUUGUUUGAGAGAUGAGACCGAAAGCCGCAAGAAACAAAGAUAACUGCAAGCAGCUCGUGUACGAACAAAGUGUUGAGUUUGAUAGGUUGAAAAAAUUACUUCGAAUGUCUGCGACGAGAUUUUAAACUGUAGUUGAUAGAAUUGGUCUGAGAUGUAUCAACACGACUUUCUUUUGUUCACAAUGCUCAUUGAAAAACAUUGUGGCUCCUUCUUUUAAAAUCAAGAUUUGCACUUCUUAAAUUUGAUUUCUGUUGCGCCUGAUUUAAGGUGACGACGGAAAAAAAAAAAGGGAAAAGGAAUGUAAGCUAAUUUUUUAAUUUAUUUUUGCUGCUUACCCCUGAACAAGGAAGUGUGUCUUGUUCAGUAUCUUUAUUGUGUGACUGAGGAAGCCGAGAGUAAGAAACUGAAAUGACACGUUCCUUGCAAAACAGAAAUGAAUGACAAUGACUUAUUGUGAAAAAAAGUAACAGCAUAAUCAGUCGAAAAAAACAAAAUCGUUCAGAAAACCUAAAACACAACUACGUCGCUUUCCAACUUCCCCGUAAUUGCAUUCAAAACAUUGCAUCUUUGUUCUUCUUACGUAAUAAAUUCCCAUUCAUACAUCGUGUGGCUGCUUUAUUCUUUCAGUCCCAGUCUCGGACAAUUAAGAAUUGUUGAACACGUAAUUUCUCCUUACAGAAUCAAUAUAUUCUUCAGCCAACAGUUUUGGAGAAUAAACAAACUUAUCAGCUGGACGGUGUUAAAUUGACGAAACACCUUAUUCUCUAAAAAAUAUUUACAGUGACAUUUGUUACAUUUAGAAAGGAGACUUGAUAAUUAGAUCAUGGAGGUUAAAGGCCUCGAGAUGAGUGGAUCAUUCUAUUUUGAAGACUAUGAUAAGGCCAGGGCAAAUUGUUUGCAACAAAACGGGAAAAGAUUGUGUCUAAAUUAUUUUUUUAAAACUAACCUUUCAAAAAAGAAGCCUGUCUUGUUUAAUAUUCCAGUCGUAUGACUAACAAAACCCACAGUAAGAAACUGAAAUAGAACUUUCUCUGAAAAACAAAAAUAAAUGCAAAUAGCUAUUGUAAGAAAGACGUAAAAACUUCAUAGGUAAAACAAAAAAAUAAAUCAAAGAGGGAACAACGGACACCAAAAGUAAAGAUUAAGUUCGAUUUGUAAAACGCAAGUUUAGAAACCUAAAAUUCAGUCGCUCUCCAUCUUCCCCAAAAAUUAAGCGCACGAAUUAAACUCAUCAAAUAAAAAUAGAUUUGCCCGCCAUAAAUAAAUUUGAAAUAUAGCAGAACUGUGCGAUUUGAAUAAACUCUGCGUUACCACGGACACUGAAAAACCUUAAGCUAUUUAGGACAGCCAAGGAAACAACAUUGCACAUGCCGGGCCAGACGGAGAUUUCGAAUGGCUCCAUCUUACCAAUUUUUCACAUUACGAACACCAUCGACGAUUUCUGACUUUCUUAAUCUGAACAUUUGUUUUGCCGAAAUAACUGACCCCGCACUUGACGCAAUACCAACAUUUGACAUUAGGCAUACUAUUGGAAUAGAUUUAUUUACAGUGGUGUUUUGAUUGUUAUCCAAGCGUUGGAUAGGUAUGAAUGGUACGAAUUUGACUUACGGCAAAAUUUGGCAACACGGCAGAAGUACUGAUUUUAAUGCGCAAGGGAUUUGUUCUUCUCGGGAUAUAAAGAAACUUUAAAACAUAGAUGGAAUUUCUUCAGACAGAUGUCCUUCUAAACCAAUUCACAAUGUGUCAGUACAUGAAUCAACACAGUAAUGGUCUAUGUGAGAGUAGCUAAAAAUAUGCACUGUAAAAUUGAUGAGAUGUUGCUUUAGCAAACCGGCACGUUAACAAUUAAAUAUCGUACUUACCACGACUCUUUGAACCCUUUGUUACCCUUUGUGAAGAAUCAGCGGCAUAUGUCUAUUUGAAGGUAAAAAGGCGCGUGGCAAACCUCAGCCUACCCCUGUUGCGCCGAUGUAGAGAUUGCGUUGUCAUGUCGAGGAGAGAUUUGUCAGGGAUCUGGCACUUAUUAUCAGUACCAGACCGCGGACACACCUUUCGCUGGCGCGAGUUCCUAAAGGCCUCGUACGUUCGCGCGGGAAAAGAAACGCUCGUGACCAAACGCUGGUAAUGAGGGCCUGAUCGCAAGCUAACAAAAUCUCCUUCGUAAACUUUUGUUCCCUCUCGUCACGCAAUGGAGGGAAGGAGCGCGUUGCGUGACGAGCCUAAACACACCUGCAAAGAAGACUAUUAUCUACAAUAUGUGUGGCAACAAUGAAGAUUAUUUUUGCUUACAAUUAUUCAGAACUAGCGACAAUAAACAACAAAACACCUGUGCCUGAGUUUAUUUCAUACAAGUUAGAAAGGUUUUUUUUUUCUCCCCAUGAAACGAUAUUUUCGUUGGAAUCUUUUGAAAGUUAAUGCUAUUUUUCUUAACAAAAAUGCAAGGUACCAGUUAUCUUGUUACCCACCCAUCCAAAGAAGAUAACUCUUGCAUGCGUGGCAUGCCUAUGUUUUUUUAUCAAAGCUAAAAGCGCACUGCCUUCUUUUGCAGAAUGGAACUUUGAAAAUCAUUGAUAGGAAGAAAAACAUUUUCAAGCUUUCCCAGGUAAGAAUACUAUAUUUUCGUCCCUGAAUAUCAUUGCUUUACAAAUGUUAUAUACCUAUGUUCCGUUACAGUUUGCUAAUUCUCUUGGAAGAGGUUAUUAUUUCUGUGUUGCUAUCUUGUAUGGAUUUCCUUUUAAAUCUUUUGCAGCUUAACAAGAUAAGAAAGAAUGAAAUUGUUAGCUCGGCCGUCCAAUGAAUAUGUGACGUUAAGCUUAAAUUGACUUCGUAAAGUUACUGUUGGAUACAUUGUAGCUUAGAAGUGAAAUAUCGGAGUACGAAAUCCGAACUCGAAGGUUUGGAUUCGAAGCCUCUCAGAGAACUCAAAUAUUUUUUUCUGUCUCAACCUCAUGUAUCAUUUCUUUUUAUUUUUUAUUCCUUUUUUUAUUUCACUUUAUAUGAUUAUUUUUUUUUUUCUAAAACAGGGAGAGUAUAUUGCUCCAGAGAAGAUCCAGAAUGUAUAUUUACGCAGUCCGUUUGUUGCACAGGCCUUUGUGAUUGGAAACAGCUUUAAGGUUUGUUCACAAUAUUUUUAAGCAUUGAAGCUAAAUAGCAGCUUGAAUUAACACAUUCUUCGUUUCCAGUCCUUCUUAGUUGCCAUUAUUGUACCAGAUGCUGAAGUGAUAGAAGCCUGGGCCAAAAAAAAUGAAGUGGAGGGAGACGUGAAACAGCUUUGUCAAGAUGAGGUUAGUAAAUUUACAGAAUGGGUUAGGGGUCCCGAGGGUCGGGGGCUGUAGUCUAAAGUGUAAAUGAGAAAGGCCUGUAAUAUUAUCCCCAGGCUUUCCCAUGCAAGCUGAAGUUGAACCAACCACAGGUCAACAUGGUUGUAACCAGUUGAAUGGGGUCAAACGCCAGUAAUUUUUUUCGUCUUUAAUUUUCUCCAGAUAUCUUUAAUUUAUUGCUUAUUUAUUUAUUUAUGUAUUUCUGCUUUUCUUUUUCGUUUGUUUGGUUUUUUGUGCAGUUUUCCAUAACUGAAAGAUGAUUUAAUUUUUCACUUUUUCAGAACUCCCCCCUCCUCAAUGUUCAAUGAUAAUCUAACAUAAAAAGCUGGAAGUUUCUUUUUUCUUUUAUGUAAACGGAGUUAGCUGAGCACAUAACUGUGACUUUCCUUUUCAGAUUAUAAAUAAAGUUAUAUUCGAAGACAUCUUGGCUAAGGGAAGAGAAGGAGAUCUUAAUUCAUUAGAACAGGUUAGGGUGUACGUCAUACAGUUAUUUACUUAUAAGUUACAAUGUCUGAUAGAUGUGGGGAAUGCUAAUUGAAUGAAUAGAGUCCGGUUUGAAGUGGUUUUCUACACGAGAUAGCUUAACUCAAGGGACUUUUUCUUUAACUUUCCCUUUACGCGAAAAAACAGAAGGAGUCUCCACGGCAACCAACAAACUUAAUUGUACCAAAUGAAAAGUCUCUAUAUUUCGAGAGCAUGGACGAAAAAAAAUUCGUAUUUCCUAAAAAUGAAAACGGAAGCCAUCCUUAUAUAUCACUAUAAUAUCCUAUGUCUCAAAGGUCAAGAAAAUCUAUCUUCAUCCAGAGAUGUUUAGCAUUGAAAACGGGCUCCUCACGCCAACCUUCAAGGCCAAGCGUUCAGAGAUACUCAAGACUUUCAAAGACCAAAUCGAGCGGCUUUACGAAGAGGUGGAGACUGGGAAUUAACGCAGACACAGGCAUGACAAAGCCAUCAUCAGCGACCCCAAGGAACGGGAAAUGAGACAAAGCCCAAGCAAUAGUUAAUAGAGACAUAUUAAGACACGGCACAAGGACUUUAUAUCCACUAUCAAUGACCUUAAAAAUAGUCACAAUUAUGCUGGUUUAAAAAAGUUAGUCUACAUAAUAACGCCUGAAAAAGCAGUGAAUGAAAUACUCAUAAUUGUAAAAAGUAAUUUUGCAUUAAUUUUAGUGAAUGAUGACAACACGUUACACUACCCCCCCCCCCCUCCGUCCCGCUCUUCUCUAAAUGUUUUAGGUUAUAUCAGCCCGUGUAACAAGUGCCAGCAAAAAUGUAAUUAACACGCGUGCAUGACAGCAGGCACACGAGGAGAAAGCUCCAUUAGGUUCGCACAUCCGGGAAGUUUCGCUCGCACGUUCUGGUCGCGCCCGAUUACUCCUUACGACUUUCAUGUACAACAUGACUGAAUGAGAACAUCCCACAUUACUCUCUCCCUUCAACUUUAAGCAAGAUUACAGCAUACUAUGUUAUUAUGCUUCAAGGUCUUGACAAAAUAAAACAAUACCGAAAACAAUACAGUAUGCCCUUGGGACUAAGGCUUUGUUUUCAAAUAGUAUGUGGUGAUAUGGAAAUCUUUCCUAAUUAAGGUAGCUUGCCGAAAUAUUUCCCUGAGCCUCUGUGUUUUACAUUAAACUCGAAUUCGAACUCGCGGAAUUAUUCAGACUCACUUAUUUAAUUUCAGUUUAUCACUAUUAGGAAUCGAUCAAUGUCUAUUUCUCAAAAAGAGAACUCUGCAGUAUUUAUCAAACUUUUAAGCAGUUAAAUGGCUGCUAUUUAACCAACAACGACGAGAUUUGAAGGAAAA